AUGAUUGAGAAUCAUCCAAAGGAGUGGCAUCACCUACUUUCUGAGGCUCUUUGGGCUUACAAAAAUUCAAAAAGAUUAAGUAUUGGCAUCACACCAUAUAUGCUUAAAUAUGGAUAUGAUGCCGUUCUGCUAAUGGAGAUGACUAUUAGGUCUGCAAGGGUGGCUUUCCAAAAUAAGCUAACUUUAGUAGAUUACAACCAUGCCAUGUUGGUGGAAUUGGAAGACCUUGAUGAAGUCCGUCUUAAUGCCUUGGACCAUAUUACUACUCAAAAGAAGAAAGUCAUGCGGGCAUACAAUAAGAAGGUUAAGGCAAAGACAUUUGUUGAAGGAGACCUAGUAUGGCAAGUCAAAUUUCCACCAGAAGUCAAAGACAAGGAAUAUGGAAAGUGGACCCCUAAUUGGAAUGGUUUUUACUUGGUGGAACGAGUCCUUGGAAAAUGGGCUUAUAGAUUGAUGGGCAUAGAUGGAGGAUUCCACAAGCAUCCUGUAAAUGGGGUAUACUUAAAAGAGUAUCACCCUUCCAUUUAUGAGAACUAG